GAACUUUGAUACCAAUAUUCCAAAGGAACUGCGUUUUAACAAAUGUGCUUGCAUUUUAUCUCAUUCUUUACGCAGAUACUGUUUAAGGCAGAACAACAAAUAUGAGCGCUAGAUUUUCCUCCAAUGUUCCGGCAUGCGUCGUCGAGACGUGUUACGAGCACGAAGGCGUGAUCGUACCAAAUAUUAUGCCUCUGAAGGUACUUAAACGCAUGAGGAGCUUCACCGUUCGACCUGAUGACCUGUUCGUCGUGACCUACCCUAAGUCAGGGACAACCUGGGCUGUUCACUUGAUGCUUUUGAUAAAACAUGAUGGAAAUAGGAGCGAACUUGAAGGAAAGCACAUCAUAAAGAUGGUUCCAUUCCUCGAGAUUGUAGAAGACAUGCUCAACCCAUCGACAUCAGCGUUACGGAUCGACGCAGCAGAAGCUAUGGCUUCACCAAGGAUACUCAAAUCUCACUACAUACCGCCUUUCUUGCCAAUGGAUAUAAGCACUAAUGAUCCGAAAGCUAAGGUCCAUGAGACCAACAUUAUGAAUCAGCCUCGUGGGCUGCAGCCACCAAUAUAA